AUAUCCAUCCGGCCCCCAGCGUGACGUCGCGUUUCUGUCAAAGGACUGGCGGGUGUCUUGUGAAUACCGAGGGAGAAGCGACUCGGUCUCGGGAGCAGUCCUGCUGUAAAGCGCCCCCAUGGAGCUGGGUCCGGAGCGCGUGGUCGCCCUCGUGGAUAUGGAUUGUUUCUAUGUGCAGGUGGAGCAGAGACUGAAACCUGAGCUGAAGAACAAGCCAGUGGCCGUGGUGCAGUACAAAACCUGGAAGGGAGGCGGCAUUAUCGCCGUUAGCUACGAAGCCCGUGCGUUUGGCGUGACCCGGAACAUGUAUGCGGACGACGCCAAGAAGCUGUGCGCCGACCUCCAGCUCGCCCGCGUCCGCGAGUCCCGUGGCAAAGCGGAUCUUUCAAAGUACCGGGAGGCCAGCGUGGAGGUGAUGGAGAUCAUGUCUCGCUUCGCGGUGGUGGAGCGCGCCAGCAUCGACGAGGCCUACAUCGACCUGACCGAUUCCGUGCGGAAACGACUCCGGGACAUGGGAGCGGCGGCCGCCGUAGCGGAGGGGCUCCUGCCGACCACGUACGUGCAGGGAUUCCCAUGGCCCCGCGGCCCCCCGGAAACCCACUGUCCUCAGCUACGCAAAGAGGAGCUGCGCCGGCGUGGUCUCGAGCAGUGGCUGGAAUCUCUCCCCGUCGGAGACCCGCACAAUCCAGACAUCCAGCUUACCGUGGGAAGCGUCAUCGUGGAGGAGAUGAGGGCCGCCAUAGAAAGGGAGACUGGUUUCCAGUGCUCUGCUGGGAUUUCUACCAAUAAGGUGUUGGCAAAGCUGGCCUGCGGAUUAAACAAACCCAACCGCCAAACCAUCCUGUCCGGCGGAUCCGUGGCUGAGCUCUUCAACCAACUGCCCGUCGGCAAGAUCCGUCACCUCGGAGGGAAGUUGGGUUCUUCGGUGCGAGAGAUCCUGGGUGUGGAGUACAUGGGCCAGAUCACCAAGUUCAGCGAAUCGCAUCUCCAGAGCCACUUUGGGGACAAAACAGGGUCCUGGCUGUAUUUCCUGUGCCGUGGAAUUGAAGACGAGCCGGUGAAACCCAGACAGUUACCGAAAUCCAUCGGCUGCAGCAAAAACUUCCCGGGGAGGACGGCGCUGUCCACGCGGGAUCAGGUCCAGUACUGGCUGCUGCAGCUUUCCUUGGAGCUGGAAGAACGUUUGCUGAAAGACAGAGAUAUGAAUAACCGGGUGGCCAAGCUGCUGACCGUGGGCUUCCAUCAGCAGGGAGACUCGAGCGGCUCGUCCCGCUGCUGCCCCCUCCCCCGCUACGAUGCCCAGAAGAUCAGCGCCGAUGCCCUGACCCUUCUAAAGGGGUUCAACGUGGCCGGGAUGCACCAAGCGGCGUGGUCUCCUCCUCUCACGUUACUCCAGCUGUCGGCGAGUAAAUUUGCCUCGUCUGCCGGCGGCAUUGCAGGUUUCCUUAGUAAGGAUGCGAGUGGCACUCAGCGAUGCCUCGGCUCCCCCCCAAGGCAGAUUACCGGCGGCAGACCCCCCAGCGACCCCCAAACACCCCAGAAAGAAGAAAGGCCCGCCGCUGCAAAGACCCCCAACACCAUCCAGCGUCUCUUCCAACGUGCGCUUCAGAAGAAGGAGCUGAAUGAGUCCACCGGUCCUAGCGGUUCUCCGGCCGGGCAGGAAUGCGAGCGUAACGUGGAGUCUGAGGGCCGGCUUGAGACCUGUGCUGAUGGAGUAGUGGGAGCUGCUGCCGGUGUCCCGGAUGAUGUGGUAUCUGACGCUGGUUCCGGUGGGCAGCCGCUGCAGACCGAGGCCGCCUCCUCCUGUGCGGCCGAAGAAGACUUUAUGACGUGCGAGCGCUGCGGCCGGCGGCUCGUCGUUUGGGACGUCCCGGAACACAUGGAUUAUCACUAUGCGCAGGAGCUGCAGGACUCGCUUUCCGCUACCCCGAGCCGUCCAGCCGGGGCCCCGGCGGGCCGGCCCAAGAGCAAGAGUAAGCUGCAGCUGGGGGCCGAAGCCAAGCGCCGGCGGAGCGACGGCAGCCGCACUCUGGACGCGUUUUUUAGGAAAGCCCCGCAGUGAGCUCGGUUUAUUCCGCUCUCCG